GGACCUGAACUCAGCCACGUGUCUGUAGCAAGUGGCCGCUCCAAUGAGCAUAUCAUUAACUUUGAAGGAUCUGGGAGACAAACUGAGCAGAGAUUCUCAGGGUCCAAAUCUGAGCCGAAUCCCAGCUGUGUGUCCAUAAAGACUGAUGCCUCCAAGGAUCUCACUGUGACUUUUGGAGAAGGUCAAAGGAAACAACAUGAGAGAACCAGCCUGAGGAGCGACACUUCUAUGGACCUGAUCGAAACCUUCAAAGAUGGUGGGAGCUCUGUUCAGAAGACGACGGAGGUUCUCAGCGGUCCAUGUGUCCAGCAGGAGGCAGUGGACCUGCAUCCCAUAUUUAAGCUGCUGGAGGAGAACAUCAUCACAUUUGUGAAGAAUGAGCUGAAGAAGAUCCAGAAGGUUCUGGGACCAGAUUACCUUAAAAGUUCAGAGAGUCAGAGAGAAGACGAGGAGGUGUCUGAAGGUGAGGAUGAGGAGCAGAGGAGGAGCAACAGAGAGGCCUUUCUGAAGAUCACUGAGAACUUCCUGAGGACGAUGAAGCAGGACAAGUUGGUUGACCAUCUGGGGAUCAGAACCAGAGCUCCGGCUCAGCAACGACAACUCAAAUCAACGCUGAAGAACAAGUUCCAACACUUGUUUGAAGGUGUGGCCCAGACAGGAAACCCAACCCUCCUGAACCAGGUCUUCACAGAGCUGCACCUCACCGAGGGCGGGGCCGCAGAGGUCAACAAUGAACACGAGGUCAGACAGAUUGAAACAGCUUCUUUAAAACCACACAGACCUGAAGAACCCAUGAGACACGAAGACCUCUUCAAGACCGCCCCUGGAAGACCUGGACCAGUCAGAACAGUGAUGACAAGGGGCGUGGCCGGCAUUGGGAAAACUGUCCUUACUCAGAAGUUCACCCUGGACUGGGCUGAGGACAGAGCCCACCAGGACGUCCACUUCAUCUUUCCCUUCAGCUUCAGGGAACUGAACGUGGUGAAAGAGAAGAAGUUCAGCCUGAUGGAACUGAUCCAUCACUUCUUCACUGAAACCAAAGACACCGGGAUCUGCAGCUUUGACCAGUUUAAGGUGAUUUUCAUCUUUGAUGGUCUGGAUGAGUGUCGACUUCCUCUGGACCUCCACGGGACUGAGGUCCUGACGGAUGUCACAGAGUCCACCUCAGUGCAGGUCCUGCUGACCAACCUCAUCAGAGGAAACCUGCUUCCUUCUGCUCGUCUCUGGAUCACCUCCAGACCUGCAGCGGCCGAUCAGAUCCCUCUAGACCUGGUUGACGUGGUGACCGAGGUCAGAGGGUUCACGGAUGUUCAGAAAGAGGAGUACUUUAGAAGGAGGUUCAGGGAUGAGGAGCAGGCCAACAAGAUCAUCUCCCACAUCCAGGCUUCUAGAAGCCUCCACAUCAUGUGUCACAUCCCGGUCUUCUGCUGGAUCACUGCCACCGUUCUGGAAGACGUGGUGAGGACCAGAGGGGGAGGAGCAGAGGAGCUGCCCAAGACCCUGACGGAGAUGUACGUCUACUUCCUGGUGAUCCAGUCCAAACUGAUUAAUGUCAAGUACCAUGAAAGAUCUGCAGCAGAUCCUCACUGGAGUCCAGAGAACAUGAAGAUGAUCCAGACUCUGGGGAAACUGGCCUUUGAGCAGCUGCAGAGAGGAAACCUGAUCUUCUACCACUCAGACCUGAAGGACUGUGGAGUGGACAUCAAAGAGGCCUCGGUGUACUCUGGAGUCUUCACCCAGGUCUUCAGAGAGGAGCGAGGUCUGUUCCAGGACAAGGUUUUCUGCUUUGUCCAUCUAAGUGUCCAGGAGUUUUUGGCUGCUCUCCAUGUCCUUCUGACCUUCAUCAAGUCUGGAGUCAACCUGUUGGUGGAGCAACCACCAAGAUCCUUGAUGGAGCAACCACCGAGAUCCUUGGUACCCAAACUGUUCAGAGACAAACCUGAGCUGAGACAUCUGCACCGCAGUGCUGUGGACAAGGCCUUACUGAGUCCUAAUGGACACCUGGAUCUGUUCCUCCGCUUCCUCCUGGGUCUGUCACUGGGGGACAAUCAGAGGUUGCUACGAGAAGUGCUGACACCAACAGGAUGUUCUUCAGAGACCAACCAGAAGACAGCUGAGUACAUCAAGAAGAAGAUUGGCAGGAACCUGUCUGCAGAGAGGAGCAUCAACCUGUUCCACUGUCUGAAUGAACUGAAGGACGGUUCUCUGGUGGAGGACAUACAGCAGUCUCUGAGGUCUGGAUGUCUGUCCACAGAGAAGAUGUCUCCUGCUCAGUGGUCAGCGCUGGUCUUCAUCUUAUUGUCAUCAGGAAAAGAUCUGGAGGUGUUUGACCUGAAGAAGUUCUCAGCUUCAGAGGAGGCUCUUCUGAGGCUGCUGCUGGUGGUCAAGGCCUCCACCACGGCUGUGUUGAGGGACUGUAACCUCUCAGAGAGAAGCUGUGAAAACCUGUCCUCCGUCCUGAGAUCACAGUCCUCCAGUCUGAGACACCUGGACCUGAGCAACAACCACCUGAUGGACUCUGGAGUGGAGAAGCUGUGUGCUGGACUGAAGAGUCCUCAUUGUUGUCUGGAGACCCUCAGUCUCUCAGGUUGUCUGGUCACCCACAAAGGUUGUUCUUCUCUGGCCUCAGCUCUGAGCUCCAACCCCAGUCACCUGAGAGAACUGGACCUGAGCUACAACCAUCCAGGACACUCCGGACAGAAGGUCCUGUCUGAUGGCCUGAAUGGUCCACACUGGAGGCUGGAGACCCUCAGGUUGGACCACAGUGGACCACAGAGGUUACUACCAGGAGUCAGGAAGUAUUCAUAUGAACUGGAGCUGGACUCAAACACUGUGAACAAGUACCUGAAGCUGUCCGAGGACAGCAGGUCGGUGACCAACGUGGCCAGAGCUCUGGCCCAUCCUGACCAUCCGCACAGGUUUGACCACUGGCCUCAGGUACUGUGUAGACCGGCCCUGACCGGUCGCUGUUCCUGGGAGCUGCGGUGGAGCGGAGAUGUUCUGGUGUCGGUGAGCUGCGGAGAAAUCAGACGCAAAGGAAAAGGUCCGGAGAGUUCCUUCAGCCACAGUCAUCAGUCGUGGAGUCUGAGCUGCUCAGAUGUUCGUGGUUACUCAGUCCGUCACGCCAAGAAAGAGACCUACGUCCACUCGCCCGUGGUCUCCCACAGAGUCUCAGUGUUUGUGGACGUUCCUGCUGGGACCGUGUCCUUCUACAGAGUCUCCUCUGACUCACUGCUCCACCUCCACACCUUCAGCACCAAGUUCUCCGGACCCGUGUACCCCGGGUUCUGGGUCUCUUUCAAUUCCUCUGUGUUUCUGGUGAAGUCUGUACUUCCUGUUUGAGUCUGCGUCAGUCUGUACCAGACAGGUCUACAGACCUGAACUCUACAGACCAGGAGCGACUUUUACUAAAUAAAAAUGGCCGACAGCUUC